CCAUGGGCCUCUUAUAGGAGUGCAGUAACAAGAAAAUGCAUCACCAUCAAAAUCUAGGAGACGCAGCUGCCAUGCCGGGCAUGCUUCCGCCAUAUGAAGCAAUGGCGAUGUACGAGCAACCCAAGCCCCGCUUCAUCUUCAAAAUGCCCCGAGUUGUGCCCGAUCAGAAAUCAAAGUACGAUAGCGAUGAGCUGUUCCGGCGUCUUUGUCGAGAGACCGAGGUUCGCUAUACUGGAUACAGGGAGCGUGCCAUAGACGAGCGCCGCAUGAGAUUUGUCAACGACUGCCGGAAGGGCUAUGCGGAGCUCUCCUUUGUCACAUCGGGCACCAACGUCCAGCUCUACUUCAAUGCCAACCACAAUCCCUAUGCCCAGGACCAGGAGUGCGACUUUGAGCGGGAGCGCGGAAAGGUGCAUCUCCGCUCUCAUUUCAUUAUGAACGGAGUUUGUGUGCGCUUCCGUGGCUGGGUGGAUCUGGAUCGAUUGGACGGCGUCGCCACACUGGAGUUUGACGAGGGGCGCGCCCUGCAGGAAGAUGUCCAGCUGCGGGAACAGAUCGAGAGCUACAACCAACGCAUGAACGAAUCGAAGCGCAUCUAUCCCGUACCUCACACGCCUCCCGAGGACCACAUUCGGCGUGGCGGACCAGGGUUGUGUCGCUCUUACUGUGUCGGGGUAGCCGGGGUCUUCGGCCUUAAUUACGACAGUUUUCCAACCAACCACCACCAGUGCCAUUGCCACCACCCAACCUCCCAACCACCUAAACAUACAGUCCAGCUGCCGUUCUCCCUGCUGCUGCUGCUGCUGCUGCUGCUGAGAGGCAGAAUCGCGUCGCCCUACUACUUGCGAGCACCGACCGAGCAUGGUGCUGUUUGUACGAGUAUAUGGGAUCCCAGUGAACUACGCCCCCCAACCCCUUCGAGAGGUGCGCGCGCGCCCCACACUUGCUGCCCUGUCCCCCUUGUGAAUAAUAUAUAUUCGGGAUACAUACCUAUAUAAAUAUAUUAAAGAUAGGAAAA